GCCGGGCCGGGAGGGGGCCGCGGCCGGGGGCAGGACCCGCUCGCUCCGGGGCUGAGACCCCAGCGCUUCUCCCCGCCGGACCCCCGAGGGCGAAAGAGCUCCGGGGGCCGCGGGGGCCAGGCCGCGCCCGCCCCGUCCCUCAGACUCGGAAGGACGGACUUUGCCACGCGGAGUGCGGGCCAGUCUCGGAGUCGCCCGGGCCGCGGGCACCGCGGGGCGCCGCCCUCCUCCCGGGUCUUCAGGACGCCCGGGCACCGGGAGGCCAUCCCCGGCCUCGCGAGGCCCCCUGCCUUGCAAAGGGUGCUGCCCCCUGAGGCAGCCCCGGGCCCCCCCCUGGCCACCGCUCGCGGGGCGGGUCGAGGGCCGGUUUCCCUGGAGGGGGCGGCGGUCCCGGGGUGCUGCAGGCCUUGUCUGCCCGGGGCUGCGACCCUGCUGGGCUGGGACCACCGCGGUCCUUUGGAAUUUCCUUAGUCCACUCUUGAGCCUGCCCAGGCAGCGGCCCUGUGUCUGGGUCAGGAGCUCCUCUGCCGUGGACYUCAGGCAGUUUCCAAGAUGAGGAAGUGGGGUUUGGAGUUGAGGGGUUGCAACAAACAGCUCUAGCCAGCUCUCUCUCCCGGGCAGGCAGGACACUGACCCCCAAGGACGGUGGGUGGUGGCCACCCUUGCCGGAACUAGUUCCCGGAGGGCUGGAGGAAGCAGCCCAGGCCUCAGCAGGACUUGGAGGGAGGACAGGGGAUUCAGGUGGUGACAUCCCCCCUGCCCCGCCUGUCUCCUGGGGUGUUAYUUGCUGGCCCUCUGAGAGCCAGCCCCAGGGAGGCCAUCUGGUUGGUUCUGGGCCAUAAAAACCAAGAACACUUGUGGCUCAGGUGCCACCGGUACAGUGUGCUUGGACCCACCUGGGGACCCUGUCCUCUCCUGCCUGGACCUGAUUGGUCUGCAGUAGGGCCAGGAAUGGCCUUUCACUUUUAAAAAACGUAUCUGUUUUUUUGGGGGGUGCUGGGGAUGGAGCCCAGGGCUUUGAGCAUGGAURAAGUGUCUACCGUGGACUGCACCCCCAGCCCUUAAAUGGAGGUGCUAUUAUUUGGCCCCAAAAUCAGAAGGCACCUCCCACCCGGCCCAGCCACCUGAUCCCCCUCUUYCCUGAAAAGUAGCCACGGUUAAUUUUCCUGUCUCUAAGCUUCUGUGCGAAGCAAGCAGGGCAUUUUGCACUAUUCAAAACCUAUUAACAGUACCCGUGAGCCUCUGCAUGGGGUAGGUGCACAGGCACACACGCUCUGGCCAAGUGGCAGAGCAGGGGCGGGAUCGUCCCUGAAGUGAGCUUUCUGGGUCCAGGGGAGAAGGCUGUUGAGACUGGCAGCUGUGGGUAGUUUGCCCUCGCCAGAGGCUCUGGACCAGACCCACCUCCCUGGACAACAGUGCCUGCUGCAGACAGCAUGUCUACCCAGGGCUCAGGCACAGAGGCGGACUCUGACACCCAGGUGCCUGCAGAAGGACCAGAACCACAGCCCAGCGUGGUGGGCCGGGUGGCCAGCAUGCCCCUCAUCAGCUCCACCUGUGACUUGGUGUCGGCUGCCUACGCCUCCACCAAGGAGAGCCACCCCCACGUCAAGACCGUCUGUGACGCGGCAGAGAAAGGCAUCAAGACCCUCACCGCGGCCGCGGUCAGCGGGGCCCAGCCCAUCCUGUCCAAGCUGGAGCCCCAGAUUGCAUCGGCCAGCGAGUACGCACACAGGGGCCUGGACAGGCUGGAGGACAGUCUGCCCGUCCUGCAGCAGCCCACGGAGAAGGUCCUGGCGGAAACCAAGGAGCUCGUGUCGUCCAGGGUGUCUGGGGCCCGGGAAAUGGUGUCCGACACCGUGUCCAGCGCCAAGGAUGCUGUGGCCACCCGAGUGUCGGGGGCAGUGGACGUGACCCGUGGGGCUGUGCAGAGUGGUGUGGACAUGACCAAGUCCAUGGUGACCAGUGGUGUCCACUCGGUCAUGGGCUCCCGCGUGGGACAGAUGGUGAUGAGCGGGGUGGACACGGUGCUCUGCAGGUCGGAAGAGUGGAUGGACAACCACCUGCCCAUGACGGAUGAGGAGCUGGCGCGCAUCGCCACGUCCCUGGAGGGCUUCGACGUGGCCUCGGUGCAGCAGCAGCGGCAGGAGCAGAGCUACUUCGUGCGCCUGGGCUCGCUGUCGGAGCGGCUGCGGCAGCACGCCUACGAGCACUCCCUGGGCAAGCUGCGCAGCACCCGGCAGCGGGCCCAGGACGGGCUGCAGCAGCUGGCGCAGGCGCUCAGCCUGAUGGAGACCGUGAAGCAGGGUGUGGACCAGAAGCUGGUGGAGGGCCAGGAGAGGCUGCACCAGAUGUGGCUCAGCUGGAGCCAGAAGGAGCAGGGACCMCAGGGCACCGAGAGGGACCCAGCCAAGCCAGAGCAGGUGGAGUUGCAGGCGCUCACCAUGUUCCGGGGCAUCACCCAGCAGUUGCAGACCACCUGUGCCUCCCUGGCGUCCAGCAUCCAGGGGCUGCCCUCUCAGGUGAAGGACCAGGUGCAGCAGGCCCGCCGCCAGGUGGAGGACCUCCAGUCCACCUUUGCCAGCAUCCACUCCUUCCAGGACCUGUCCGGCAGCAUCCUGCUGCAGAGCCGUGAGCAGGUGGCGAAGGCCCGAGAGGCCGUGGACCGCACGGUGGAGUUCGUGGCCCGGAGCACCCCCGUCACGUGGCUGGUGGGGCCCUUCGCCCCCGGGAUCACCGAGAAGGCCCCGGAGGGCGGCCCGGGAGGGAGCCAGGCUGGCGCUGCCCCCCCGCCCGAGGGGCCCCGCAGUGAGGAGCCGGCCCCUGGCUACUGAGGCCUGCUCAGGCCUCAAGCCACAGGUGACAUUUCCAGGCAAAAAAUUUUCCUAGAAAUUUCCAAAAGAUUUCUUUUUCCUUCAGUAAGAAUCCACCGUCACCUUAGCUGUCACAGGUCGUCCUUUUCUCCACCCAGGCCCCGUCCCGGGCGCUCCUAAGUGGCCUUGGGCUUGGUCUGAGAGCUGGCCCCCGGCCCCCGCCUGUUGUGGACCAGGAGCGGCUGAGGCAGCUGCGCCGUCCUUAAUAAACACUUGUUCCUCUGCCCCGCGUGAAGGCAGGCCACGUCCCUUC